CUCAGAAAUGCUGCACUUGUUCUCUUAGCAGUUUGCAGCGGCCAUUUCAAAGAAACCAUCACAAAGACAAGAGAAAGAUCAGAGAAGCACCCAUCCCCAAGAUGCUGGCACCCUGCCUUCUGAGAAGAGCCAUCCUUACAGUUCCUUUGGUUUUUGUGGUUGCACUACUUGUCUCGGAGCCUGUUAGAGCUGACCAAGAAGCAGGAACAGCCAUACCAGCUGAAAGCCGCCCCUGUGUUGAUUGCCAUGCCUUUGAGUUCAUGCAGAGAGCUCUGCAGGAUUUAAAGAAGACAGCAUAUAAUCUAGACACAAGGACAGAAACUCUGCUUCUUCAGGUGGAAAAGAGAAAUCUGUGCGACUGUGUGGCUGCCAAUCUACUGAACUGAAUCCUGGAGACACCUGAGGAGAGUCAYCUGUUCAGCAGUUUUUAAAAUGCAGCUGUAUAAAAUACAGCUUUAUGGAGUUCAUGUUGCAAGCAUGUAUGCCCCAAUAUACUGAUGAAAUUGGGGGCCUGUGUCUGAUGUAUUUGUCUGUUCUGUUUUUUGGGUUUUUUUUUUUUAAAGUACCUUCUUUUCACAUCUGCUGGAUUGUCAGUAAGGGCUCAAUUCAGUAAUUCUUUUACUUUAURUUAGAGUGGGGGAAAAAUGUACCUGCUUUGGUUUUUAAAUCAGAAUUUGCAAAGUGUAACCCACAAGAUAAAUUUGGACAAUGGUGCCCUAGAGACACGUGCAGCUGUUUUCUGUCUCUAACAUGAACAUAUGUCUGUGGCAACUCACCCAGCUACACUGAGACAUGGCAUUGUGGUCUCUGUAGGCUUUGUCUGUGUAUUAAAGAGGAUGAAGUCCUUUCUGUUUGCUGUCUGUGCUGUGAUCACUUUCAGGCAUGUUCUGGUUCUGUCAGCUGUGAUGAGGUGUGUGUCAUGAGGAGUUACAUGUCUGCUGUUCUUGGACCAAAACAAUUUAUAUCUCAGUAUUGAGCCUUCUGUUAUCCUGAUUAUUAUUUUCCUUAAUUAAAAUGUUUAGUUUCUUCCCCUUCUCCCCUGAACACUCCAUUCUUAAUCUAGUGAAUUUUUAGAUAGCUUUAUUUUAGCAGGUCAAAUGGAUAAAGUGAAAAGGAGAAUCAGGGUAUGACUAGGCAGCCUGGCCAGUUCCAGCUGACCAAAUGCUGCUGCCAGCAACUGCUCAGCAUCACACUGAAGGAAAGCUGCUUGCAGUGCCAAGAAGUUUCUUUGUGAGUGUGCCUUAUUUUGUUUCAAGGGAAACACAGUGAUAAAGUCACACAUAUUUGGUCUAUCCUGUGAUCGACUGAUCUCUGAAUUGCUUUGGUUUUCCUUUGCAGUUGCCUUUGAAAACUGCUCCUUUUGUUUCAGGCAUGAAGAAAAAACUUUUGUACCUGAAAGUUGAGAUUUGUUUUAUUCUCACCUCUCCCCCUUUAUUGUUAAGAUAUUGUGGCCACUCCUGAGCCUGAAGUAGGCUGAGCACUUUGAGUAGGUGCUUGGAGUUUUUCUGAUGUGAUUUAGAGMUAUCUGAAACCAUUCCAACACUGAGACCUGGCUUGAGAAGUGGAUGGGACAUCUGAAGAUAAAAAUCUCUUCAGGUGAAUUUGGAAGAAAGUUCCUGCCUGGGGUCUUGCUUCUUUAAUUUAAUUGGUGUUAUUUUGCUGGAAGAAGAUGAGAGAGGAAACAACUACUGCUCUGCCUCUGCAGCUCUAGGUGUGGUAACAAGCAGCUGGGGGAGCAGGAGAACACCAAAGGGACCCGGAGUGGCUUUCCAAACCUGUCCAGAGCUUGGAAAACCAAUUCCUGUACACUGAGAAGUGCAGGAUGCCCUUUUGUGUGUGGCCAGGACAUGGGCCAGCACAGAAGCACAGUGUGAACUGCAGAGGGGAUUCUGAUGUUAUUUUUCCACAUUCCCACCAGGAGCAGCUGUGCUGUGUGUUUUUUCACUAGGUCUGUUCACACAGCAUGGGGGCACUGGCYCUGCUCAUUUUGGGCUGCUUGGCAAAGCCAGAGUCACUGCAAGCCUCACCUGCAGCUCYCCUCGCAGAGAGUGGGAAGGGACAACUGUCCUUACUCAAGCAUGGCAAAGCACUCAGGAUUUCUGGGAGCAAAGCCUCCUUUGGAGGGCUUCAGCUGGUCCUGGCUGAAGCAGAAUGGCUUCUCAGAGCUCCUUGGCUUUUGCUGCACUUGGCUCAUUCCCAUCUUGUUCCAGCUUGGCUUCGUUCCCCSUCUUUGCUCUGGACCUGUCUUCUCUCUCCUCUCCAUUUCAGCCUCCAUUCCCCCUUUCACUCUGGCACUGCCCUCCCUCUAGUCCCAGGGAUUUCUCAGGGCACUCCAGGCCCCCCAUCCUGGUGACUCUGUAGUCACUGCAGGUGUGGGUGCUGGGGCUGACACUCCUCAGGUCUGCAGCCCCUUUAGUCCAGGUGACAGCACUGCUAGAGCAAUGAGUGACCCUCCAAUUUCCCAUGGAGUGAGUGACCAUGGUGCUGAGCAACAUCAGCAUCUCAUUCCCAGGCAAGAGGAAUUCACCUGUCCAGGGAAAACAUUGUGCAGAAGGGCCUCUUUUUACCUAAAAGCCAACAUUCCUGUCACAGAACUUGGAGGAAGUCCCAGAACAGCUCAGUUUCAGAUGAAAGCUUUGUUCCUGAAGCUGAAUUAUUCUGUGGAUUAUCCCCUAGUCUGCUGCAAUUUCACUGGGUUGUUCCAGGUGUGGGCAGGAACCCAGCCACGUUUGCCAGAUGGAAACACCUAUAGAUCUUCAUGAAUUUUUCCCUUGGUGAUUGCACAGACAAUGGCUUGAACAAAAGAAAAUCGGGCCAUGUGGAAAUAUUUUCCUUCAGUCAUUUUGCUACAUCUCUACUUUAUGAUUCACCUUGUUAGAAAUGGGGAAGUGAAACAUGGAACAUAAUUGGGCUGUUGACCCAAGAGAAAGGAGCCAGGACAGGGAUGGAUGGGGAAAGGGAAAU